GCUGGUUGGGCGACGACUUGUAGCAAAACCCACCUCGCAGGAUGUCCGGAGAUGCGCUUCUUAUCUAUCAAGGGCUCAUUGGCAUACCCGGAACGCGAUGAGGAAGACGAGAAGUUACAUGAGGUGUCUUGGAAAGACUUCACCUACAUGGAUGCCGACGUUUGGGACAACUUUCAACAGGGGACGGGCAUAACAAGGUCCACGAACAACCGUCGCAAAGGCCAAUACCGCGGGACAAUAUCGCAUUUGAGGCAUUGCCGGAAGGAUGUAGUAGCACCGCCACCAGUAGGAAGUGCUCAUCUAGCCAACUGGCGCCCAAUAAACUCCUACUAA